AAAAGGCCGGAAAGAUGGCGGCCUCCUGGAGGCUAGGCUGUGACCUGCGGAUGCUGCGCUCUCUCCUAGGCUUCGGCGGCCGGCGAGGCCUGAGGCUGGUUAAGGGGGCUGCUGGGUGGCCCGCCGGCGGCGGACCUGGUUGGAGGUGGCUUCACAGCACGCAGUGGCUGCGGGCUGAUCCUAUUAAGAUACUAAUGCCAUCCCUGUCUCCAACUAUGGAAGAAGGGAACAUUGUGAAAUGGCUGAAAAAGGAAGGUGAAGCUGUGAGUGCUGGAGAUGCCUUAUGUGAAAUAGAGACCGACAAAGCUGUGGUUACCUUAGAUGCAAGUGAUGAUGGCAUUUUGGCCAAAAUAGUGGUUGAAGAAGGAUCUAAAAAUAUACGGCUAGGUUCACUAAUUGGCUUGCUAGUUGAAGAAGGAGAAGAUUGGAAACAUGUUGAAAUUCCCAAAGAUGUAGGUCCUCCAGCAGCCACUGCACAGCCCUCCGUGCCUCGCCCCUCCCCAGGACCACCGAUUCCUGUGCCUGUCAGAAAGGAACUCCCACCAGGGACAUUGCUGCUCCGUGUAAGUCCAGCUGCCCGUAAUAUUCUGGAAAAACACAAACUGGAUGCCAGCCAGGGCACAGCCACUGGCCCUCGGGGGAUUUUCACCAAAGAGGAUGCUGUCAAGCUUGUCCAGUUGAAAGAGGCGGGCAAAAUCACGGAAUCCAGACCGACCCCAGCCCCUCCAGUAGCUCCCACUGCACCUUUGCCCGCCCAGGCCCCAGCCCCACCAUCUUAUCCCCGGCCCAUGGUCCCACCGGUGUCAACUCCUGGACAACCUAACGUAGCGGGCACAUUCACUGAAAUCCCAGCUAGCAAUAUUCGAAGAGUUAUUGCCAAAAGGCUAACUGAAUCUAAAAGUACUGUACCUCAUGCAUAUGCUACUGCUGAUUGUGACGUUGGAGCUGUUUUAAAAGUUAGACAAAAUCUGGUCAAAGAUGACAUUAAAGUGUCAGUAAAUGAUUUUAUCAUCAAGGCAGCAGCUGUUACUCUUAAACAAAUGCCAAGUGUUAAUGUAAGCUGGGAUGGAGAGGGCCCAAAGCAACUGCCCUUUAUUGAUAUUUCAGUGGCUGUGGCAACAGAUAGAGGUUUAAUUACACCAAUCAUAAAAGACGCUGCGGCCAAGGGCAUACAGGAAAUUGCUGACUCUGUGAAGGCUCUAUCAAAGAAAGCAAGAGAUGGGAAAUUGUUACCUGAAGAAUACCAAGGAGGAUCUUUCAGCAUUUCCAACUUGGGGAUGUUUGGCAUCGAUGAGUUCACUGCGGUGAUCAACCCUCCUCAGGCCUGCAUCUUGGCUGUGGGGCGAUUCCGAUCUGUGCUGAAGCUCACUCAGGAUGAAGAGGGGAAUGACAAACUGCAGCAGCAGCAGCUCAUCAGGGUCACCAUGUCGAGUGACGGCCGAGUAGUCGAUGACGAGCUAGCCACCAGGUUUCUUGAAAGUUUUAAAGCAAACCUAGAGAACCCUAUGCGACUUGCCUAGUUCUCAAAGAUAGAACUGUUACCCAGAAACAUGUACUAUAUGGAAACAAUUAGGUAUUUAAGUGUGAAGUGGAUGAAGUGUUUAUUUAUUUAAGGUAAAAGUUUCACAAGAGUUCAGUGUGGGCUUAAUGUUGUAGAAAUAACAAACUGUAACAAAUAAAAGAAAGAGAACAUUUAGCUAGAUCCAUUUUUAACCUUGGUGCUGUACAAAGGGGGUGUUAAACUAAAUGUAAAUUAAAUUAUGUUUGGCUCUUUAGAGCAUAUUCAAGAAAUUGUUACAAUUAUAUUUAAUUGUAUUGACAUUGGAUGUGGUCUUCAAAGAAACACCCAUUAAGUUAGCAGUGGGACCUCACUUUGACAAGCACUGCUCUAGAUAUACUUGAACAAUUAAUAUGUACAGACGUUUAUUCUGGGUAGUAGUAAGUAAAUACAGAUCACAUUGUAUUAGGGGUUAUGGCAACAUUAUUGAAUUUUUUAUGUAUAUAAAGCCAUAUGUUUUAGA